CAGAGCCCACGCCCACCUCAGGCCGUGGCGUGGGCGCGGAGCACUGUUAACGUCCAGUGGAGGGAACCCUACCUGCCGGCGGUAGGGCUGUGGGGAGGCGUGAGGGAUAACUACAGAAUGUUCUAGUGGAGGCGCCGCUCUUGAAAUGAAGGUUUUAUGGCUCUGCUGGGCUGGGUCGGCCUGGUGGCGCGCACCGCCAUCCCGCAGUGGCACGUGAGCUCGCAGGAGGGCGACAACAGCAUCACCGGCCAGGCGAGGUACAAGGGGCUGUGGAUGGACUGCGUCACGCAGGGCACCGGCGUGUUGAGCUGCAAGAUCGGCCACACAGGCCACCUGGUGGCGGCGUCCCGGGGGCUGGGCUUCCUGGCCACGCUCGACACGAUGGGCACGAGGUGUGCAAGCUGCAGCGGAGAGGACCAAGUGAAGAGGGCCCGGGUAGCCCUGACGGGAGGCAUUAUUUUCAUCGUGAAAGGCCCUGCUGCCUCCAACAGGACAGCUUGUUCUGGCGUGGCCACCAGCCCUGUCACAGACUUUUAUAAACCGGUGCCCCCCAUGAAUGUUAGGUACAAGCUUCGUCCUGCUGUCUUCAUUGGCUGGGUGGGGUCUGCCCUGGUCAUUCUGGGAGGUGCGCUGCUCACUUGCUCCUGUUCCGGGAGUGACAGCAAAGAUGGGCACCGGGUACCCCGCUCCUACCCUAAACGCAACUCUGCCACGCAGUGUGUGUGA